AACCACAAUUUUUGUUUUCCCUUUGAAAUAAAUACAAAAUUUCAUCAAAAUCGUCUCAACGCCUUAGAAACCAUAUCAACGCGUCGUUUCGUGAAAAAAGAUAAACACACAGACACACCGGUAUUGGCCGCUUGGGAGCGGCGGAGGAGGAGAAUGGAUGCGCCGUCGAUUGUCGUCGAUCACUUGGUUCUGACAACGUUCCUAGCCUCUCUGUUCGCUUCUCUGUUUCUUUAUCUCUUGCAGCAACGCCGCCGGAGCAGAGAGAAUUUGAAACGUAGCAAGAGAGCUCAGAGCAGAAUCGAUGAAACCCUAACGGUGAAAUCUGGUAAUGGCGUCGAUAUUAUCAUUGUUGGUGCUGGUGUCGCCGGUGCUGCUCUCGCUCAUACCCUCGGAAAGGAAGGAAGAAGAGUUCACGUUAUAGAAAGAGACUUGAACGAACCUGAUAGAAUUGUUGGUGAAUUGCUUCAACCAGGUGGUUACUUGAAGUUAAUCGAGCUCGGACUUGAAGAUUGUGUGAAGGAGAUAGAUGCGCAGAGAGUUCUUGGUUAUGCUCUCUUCAAAGAUGGGAAACACACUAAACUCUCUUACCCUUUGGAUCAGUUUGAUUCGGAUGUUGCGGGUCGUAGCUUUCACAAUGGGAGAUUUGUGCAGAGGAUGCGUGAGAAAGCUUCUUCACUUCUCAAUGUUCGAAUGGAGCAAGGAACAGUGACAUCUUUGGUGGAAGAAAAAGGAAUAAUCAAAGGCGUUCAAUACAAAACCAAAGAUGGCCAAGAACUUAAAGCAUUUGCUCCCUUGACCAUUGUGUGUGAUGGCUGUUUCUCCAACUUGCGUCGCUCUCUCUGCAAACCUAAGGUGGAAGUGCCAUCAAAUUUUGUGGGUCUCGUGCUGGAGAAUUGCGUACUUCCUUUUCCGAAUCAUGGACACGUCGUUCUUGGCGAUCCGUCACCCAUUUUAUUCUAUCCAAUCAGCAGCUCGGAAGUCCGUUGCUUGGUGGAUGUACCUGGUUCAAAACUACCUUCACUCGCAAGCGGCGAAAUGGCUAAUUAUCUCAAAACAAUGGUUGCACCGCAAGUACCGCCUCAGAUCCGUGAUGCUUUCAUUUCCGCGGUCGAGAAAGGUAACAUAAGAACAAUGCCGAACAGAAGCAUGCCUGCCGACCCAAUUCCUACACCUGGAGCUCUACUUCUAGGCGAUGCGUUCAAUAUGCGCCAUCCUCUUACUGGAGGUGGUAUGACUGUCGCUUUGUCCGAUAUAGUUAUCCUCCGCAAUCUACUGAACCCGCUCACCAACUUAACCGACAAAGAAUCCUUAUCCAAAUACAUCGAAUCCUUCUACACAUUGCGGAAACCGGUUGCUUCAACCAUCAAUACCCUCGCAGGAGCUCUCUAUAAAGUCUUUCUUGCAUCUCCUGAUGAUGCGAGAAGCGAAAUGCGUCGAGCGUGUUUUGAUUAUCUUAGCCUCGGAGGUGUAUGCUCGUCUGGACCAGUGGCUUUGCUCUCGGGUUUGAACCCACGGCCUAUGAGCCUUGUUCUUCAUUUCUUCGCAGUUGCGAUAUUCGGGGUUGGUCGCUUGCUCGUACCUCUCCCUUCCGUUAAACGGUUAUGGCUCGGAGCUAGACUGAUCUCGAGUGCUUCAGGGAUUAUAUUUCCAAUAAUAAAAGCAGAAGGUGUGAGGCAAAUGUUCUUCCCUCGAACUAUACCUGCCAUUUACAGAGCUCCUCCUCCUUCUCCUCCUCAAUGAUGAAUCAUAAACUCUGCUCAUAAGAUUUCUCAAGUGUAAGAUUAGCUUAUUUGCUGUUACGAUUCGAAUGAACCGGGUGGUUUGAUUUGGUCUUUUACGAACUUUGGUUUGAAAUGUGUAACCCAUCUGUUAAAACAAAAUCAUCAAGUAAAUAAGUAUGAAUUAUCUUUGCUAA